GCGUCCCUCCCCUCCUCAACCGUGGCGAUUCCAGGGAGCUCUUCCCAUCGUUGCGGUGGCAAAGCUCCUUCGACUCCAGGCACGGAAAGAUAGUCGUCUCCUUUAAGAGGGGGGGCCGGGCUUCCAGUGACCUCUCCGUACGCCCGCCUCUUCCUGGUUGCCACAGCAACUAGCUCCUGGCGUCCUAAAAUGGCGUCUCUCCUCGCAGGUACUUUGUUCGAGGCGCGAGGACAGGCCCCAGCGCCUAGUAAGGAUUUCUACCAGCUCAUGGUUACAAGGAAGGAAGUAAUUUUCAGGUGGUGGAAAAUUUCUCUUAGAAGUGAAAAUCGUGAAGCAAGACCUGGAGAACUCAAAGAAUCCCAUGAAGACUUCUUAGAUGACCCCUCUCUCCAAAUUCAGAUUGCCAUUGUGUUCGGAGGAGAUACCCUGGAUCAUAUCUUCAAUAUGUGUCGGGGUAAUUUUGAUUUCCUGGUGCGACUCCCUGAUGCAUUGCUUCUAUACAUCAUAUCCUACUUGGAUCUUGAAGACAUUGCUAGGCUUUCUCAAGUAUCUCACAGAUUUGAAACGUUAUGCAACUCUGACAAGUUAUGGGAGAUGGUUGUAGAAAAUCUAUCAGGCAGAAUUACCCCAGAAAUGAGAUCACUGGCACAAGAUGUGGGAUGGAAACAGUUUUUCUUUACUAACAAACUGCAGCUCCAGCUCCAGCUUCGAAGGAGGAGAAAGAAAUCUGAUUCAUCAGAAAGCCUGUCAGAUUAAAGGUGUGGUCUUGCCAGUUGGAAUCAACUGUUGUAAUCUGCAUAGUUGUUGAGAUAAGAGCAUCUUGAUAAGCUUUCUCAAACAAGAAAUUUGGUUCAGUGAGCUUGUGUGAAAAGUUUCUGCAGUUCAUUAUUCCAUACAUUUUUAUUCUGUAAAAAGGUAAUUCAUUUCAAUUACAUUAAUGCUUGUUAUUCAUUUACAGGUACAUUCAUUUUUAUUUAACACAACUUUUCAUUGUCAUCUUUUAUUUUACUUCCUCUUUUAGGAGCUGACUUUUGUGAUUUUAGAACCCACAAUUUAUUUUCUCAGAAUGGACUAAGAUGCUGUGCUGUGGCUCAGGAAAUUGGGGGAGGGUGUUAGCAGCCACUAAAAAAAAUAAUGGUCAACACUAGCAGCAGCAAUUUUUCCCACAAUGGCUUAGAGAACACAACACCCAGGGCGCUUUCAGAAAAGUAACUGGCACCUUUCCACGUGGCCACUGAAAUCUGCUAUUGCCGUAAGAGAAAGGCCCUCCUACCAUAUGUGGGUAUGAAUGGAAGAAACAAAAUGAUUUGGUUCAAUUUUUCAUUCAUGAUGAAAUAAAUGCAGACUUAAUUAUAAUUUAUGGAAUAUUUUUAAGAUUGGUUUUGCCACAAUUUAAUGUAUAGAGAAACAAUUUGCUUUCAUACUUUGUUUCUGAGACCAGCUUAACAUCUAAAGAUAAGAGAUGCGAUACCUCUGAUAAGAAAGUACUUGCCAACCCAAGGUCAUUAACUCCUUGACAGAUGACAUGGCCAUAUCACAUGACACAGGUUGCCAGUAUAUUGUAUUUCUCACCCUUGUGUAAAUAAUAGAAGAAAUUUUCCAAAUGAUUCUCUGCUCACUAAAGGAUAGUGCAUAAGUGUACUGUAUGCCACAAACGUGAAACAUCUGUAGACAGUUUAUAUGUGUCUGCUGCACAAGAAAAAAAGAUUUUGUAUGUGUGUUUGGACAUAAAUCUAGAAACAUGAAAACUGAGAACAUUGCCACCAAGAAAAGGUAUAGGUACCAGAAUGGAAGUCAUCAAAACAGAUUGAUCUCGUUUGAGAAGCCCAUUUUAGACUAUAAAUUGAAAGAAAUUAGCAGGCUGAUGUAGUAUAUGAGAGGCCUGACUAGCUUACACUAUAAUGAAUCCUUAACUGCACAACUGAUAUUGAAUCCCAUGACACUAUUUUUGAAGGCAAGAUCACUGCAUUUUUAAUAUCAAACAUUAAAUCUGCUUGUUAACAAGUACAGUGAAAAAAGCCAAAUGAUCUAGAACAAUGCCAUUGUUGUACCCAUUUUCAUCUAACCCAGCUACAAUUUACACUUGUAAGAUUAGAAUGCUAUUCAACUGAAAACAAAUUUUCAUUUAUUACAGUAGCUAUUCACUUUUGUCACUUCCCUAUCUCAAUUCAAUGAUACAGAUCAAAAUUAUAUUUCAUAGUUAUGCUGUUGCAAUGUCUGACUUUUUAGAAAAUGUGCCAAUUUGAAUUUAGUUCUUUUUAACUGUAUGUAUUUCACUUCAGGUUUGGCAGAGGACUAAUUUUUUUGUAAAACUGUUCAGGGCUAAACUAAAUGAUAUUAUUUGGUUUCCUUACCUUUAGAAAGUUGUAUAAUCAGUAUUAUUAUAAAUAUUAUUUAGAUAUUUCUUUAAAAUAACAUUUUUAUAAAAUAUUUUGUAAAUAACUUGAGUACAUUCAUGUGUGAUCAUUCUAGUGCUAUUCUGAAACUACAAAUCCUUUUAAUAAAUUGUUUUAAUGUGGA